AUGAUUGCUAUGUCUUGGAAGACUCCUCUUCGUCAUCUAGAGCCACUUGCCCUGGAGAUGCAUGCUUACCAGGGCACUCUUAUCACUGGGAUUAAUUUGUUUACUGCUGUGUCUAAGCUGCUGGAGUGGUGCCUGCUUGUUGUUUUAAAAUCCAAUUCUGAACCUCCUGUAAUCCGGUGCAAGGGUAGUCUGUCCUCGUGCCGGAGGCAUGACUGUAGGAUCAAUAGCCACUCAGAUCGGACACAAAAUCAAGCAAAAAUCCAGUUGGAGCCAUUUCUUGGUGAUGCCAAUACUGCCCUUUUUGUUUCUUGGCUCUGGGAAUUUCUUUCCAAAAAUUAUAUGAAUCCGAAUGCAUCAUCAGAUGUUGAAAAUGCCACUGGUGAUGGUAAUGCUACUGGCAAGAAGCAGGCAAGCAAGAGUAGUCUUAUAAAGCCUUCAGAAGAUUCUAAGCAACUUUCCGAAGGCGUCAACUGUCCGGAUGACGACGACUUAUCUUCGGAGUCUUUGGAGGAGGGAGAGCUGCCAAGAACUCACCAUGAAUCUAUCAAAGAGUUUGAAGAGUGGGAAAUUGGUUAUGGGGAGUCCUUAAAGUGCACAUCUUCUAGAGUGGAGGCAUGUAGUGGAGAUUUUGGUUUUGGUGGUAAGGAAAACACCCCGCACAAGAAGGUUUAUACAAGAAGCCUUCGGUGUAAGAAACUUGAUGUGGCUAAUGUUGCUGGGAGGAGGCUUUUCACUAGGGCAGCAGCUGAUGCAAUACUUCAUCAGCAUGCAAGGGUGCAUGGUAACGUUUGGGACAGACUGGGAAAGCUACCUGAAGGUGGAAAUUGUGCAAAUGCUGACGUGAAAGGCAUUGAAAAGAUCAAAGAGGAAGUAUUUAAAUGUUAUGGAGAAAGUACCGAACGAAAUCAUUCAACACGUUCUCUUCAUGGUCGUAAAUUCUGUGGAAGAUUGUCAGAAAAUUUUGACAUCAAGACUGGAGCAAGUAAAGAUGGUCACAAGAGACAAUUCAUUGAUAUAAAUUCUCAUCAAUCUGGUGUUUCCGAUUCUAUGGAUGGGGAAGAAGCAUUUAUUAAAAAGGUGAGAAGAUUAUUGCCUGAAGAAGAUAAUGGUGUGCUGGGUGAGGAUAGUGUUUCUUCAGGAGCUGAAACACCGAAAAGCCAAAAAAUGGGUAAUGCAUCUAGCUCUAAUGCUUCGACUAGUUCAAAGUUAAAGAAAAUGCCCCAAGAAAGAUUGACUGGGGAGAUUUUGGAGUCUCCUGUGACUGCAGUCUCAUAUAGUACUCCCGUGACUGAGAAACCUUCUUGUAAGAACAAUAGCAAUGCAACUGCCAAUCUCAAGCCCGUGCACAAUCAACUGAUGGAUAUGAAACUAAGACUGGAGCAUCUUGAAACGGAAUUUGUUAAGCUCCAAUCGAAGAAGGUAGAGAAAAAAGAACAAAGUUCAUCUAAAUCUGGUAAGAGAACUUCAUGGAAGCAACCUUUAUCAGUCAUAUGUGAAGAACAAACUUAUAGCUUCAAUGCUAAGAAAUUGGGGAUGCUGAAAUCAAUAUGUGGAAGACUUGCACACGAGGUUAGAAAUGAAAAUAUUCUGGUGCAUAUUGCAGCAACAAGAGAAGCCCUAAUAUCCUACUUUGCCAAGUGUGGAGCUGUCGAUAGAGUUAUUAAACUGACUGACACAGUUGGCAUUAAACAAAAAGCGUAUGCCUAUGUUACUUUUACUAGCAAGCACUCGGCAGACAAAGCACUGGCAUUGAGUGGCGAAUCUUUCUUUUCCCGGAUCAUAUGGGUCAGAAGGGCAGGGAAGGUAUUAGAGAAGUCCAGAUGCACCCCUGAUAUUGGAAGGGGAGACUGUUCCACCACUACUGCUCCCAUUUACAUUGGAAGCAGCAGCAGAAGGCCUACAAAUUAUACGCUUUAG